UAAAUGAUCGUGAUAUCAGUCAAGUUUGUACAUGCGUGCGACCGAAAGUAGCGAUCACAUUCUUUUCACAAUUUGACAGGGUAUUAAAAGUAAAAUAUAUAACUUUCGAUUGACGGGUUGUAAUCUUUUAUGUUUGUGCUCAAUUUGCUGUAGUUAUAAGGUGGAAAAAUAAGCGAGAAAAGUGUUCAAUCCAAUUAGUUUGAUUAGAAUGAUGCAUUUAUCGGGCAGCUAAAUCGGUUAGUGCAAUGUAAAUGUUGCUAAAAGGUGUUUUAUGUUUAUAUGAAAGUAAAGUGUCGCAUAAUAUGGCCGACAGCCGAGGUAGAACAUUUACAUGUAUCCGUUGUGAGGAUUUGUUUACAUAUUUCUGGCGAGGCAGUCCGGAAGAAGUGGAACAACGGCACAAAUCCCGUCAAAUUGAUAAAACCUUAAAACGGGAAGAUCGAGCACGUAAAAGACAGGUGAAGGUGUUACUUCUUGGUGCUGGCGAAUCUGGAAAGUCCACAUUUUUGAAACAAAUGCGUAUCAUUCAUGGCGUUAAUUUUGAGCCAGAAUUGGUGCGCGAAUAUCAGCACGUAAUAUACCAAAAUCUAGUGAAAGGCAUGCAAGUGCUAGUCGAUGCUCGCGAAAUAUUAAACAUUCCUUGGUCGAAUCCGAAGAGACAGUACUCGGCGCAUAAAAUCUUAGAUAUACAAAAUGUAAAUGAAUUGGAUAUUCGAUUGUUUCGACAAUGUGCGCCGGUAAUAAGCGACUUAUGGCAGGACAAAGCGAUCAAAGAUGCGUUUGAUCGACGGAGAGAGUUUCAAAUUAGUGAUUCCGUUAGUUAUUUUAUGAAUGAAAUAGAUCGAAUAGAAAAGCCUGAUUACGUUCCAACAGCCAAGGAUAUAUUGUACUGUCGUAAGGCAACCAAAGGUGUCCAUGAAUUUACGAUUAGAAUAGAGAACAUUCCAUUUGUAUUCGUCGAUGUGGGUGGACAAAGGUCACAGCGACGGAAAUGGAUAAAGUGUUUCGAAGACAAGUCGGUGAAUUCAAUUUUAUUUUUAGUGUCAACAUCAGAGUUCGAUCAGGUUUUAGCUGAAGAUCGCACAACGAACCGCUUAGAAGAAUCCAAAAAUAUAUUCGACACCAUUGUUAAUAACAAAACAUUUGAAGGUAUAUCGAUCAUAUUAUUUCUUAAUAAAGCCGAUCUACUUGAACAAAAAAUUCUGAGCAAAAGUGCACUGGACAUUAGCCACUAUUAUCCCCAAUUCAAAGGCAAUCCCAAUAAUUUGCUGGACGUGCACGAAUUUAUAUCGAAUAUGUUUUUGAAUGUACGACGUAAUUGUGAUAUUGCAAUUUAUCAUCAUUUCACUACGGCCGUUGAUACCAAUAAUAUUCAGCAUGUGUUCCGAGAUGUUAAAGCGAAUAUAUUGAACAAUAAUUUGAUUGCACUAAAUUUACAUUGAGGAAAGGAAAGGAAGAAAAAUUCGAUAGAGAGAGAGAGAGAGAUAAUAUAGUUGAUCUGUGGAAAAUGUUUUUUUUUUAAUUUUAAAUUUUAUUUGAUUGUUUCGGUUUAAUUUAUAUUAUGGAAAUGAGCAAAUCAAUUAAGAACAGAAAUUAUUACAUCCAAAUUAGAGAAAAGAAAAAUGUCCAGAGCGUUUUGCAAAAAUGUAAAGGAUUACCGAUGUGACAUGAGAUAUGAUAAUAUUAAAAUAAUAAAAAAAACAGCAAAAAUGUCAAAAGAAUUAAACAUUUUUUUUAUAAAAAAUUAUGCGCAAAGAAUAACUCGAUGGAAAGUAUCUAUAUUAGACCUAAGUAUUAAUGUGUAAUCGGAGCAGCAAAAUAUAUAUAUUUAUUUAUAUAUUUUUUAUUAUUAAAAAUACAUAAAUAAAAUUAACAAACAAACGGAAAACAUUAAUAAAUUCAAAACUGAACCAAAAAUAUAAAGUAAAAAUUAUUGUUAUCUUAUAUUAUCAGAGAUGGAAAAGGAGGUGAAAAGGAAAGGACCGAAUCUGUGUAUCUGUAAACAAUAAUUA